AUGGCAUGCCUACUCAACUAUUGGUCCAUUGUCGUGCCCACAAAGUCUGCCAAUGAACUCCAAGCAGAGCGCUGGCUUGUGGUCGUGCCUGUAAGCACCUCCGACUACGCCCGCAUGCACUGGGUUCUGUUCUCACGGUGGCAACUCUUCGCUGUUUGUUUUGGCACCCAAGUCUGUUGUGGCUCCCUCUACGCGUUCGUGGUCAUUUCCGACGCGUUGGACGUGUAUUUCUACGGCCAAGUCACGAAACAGUCGUAUUCGAUUGUGCUCAUCUUCAUGGGGGUGACUGCAGCCCUACUUGGACCGAUGCUGGAACGAAAGAGGCCCCGUGUGGGCAUGGCUAUGGCCACCGUGUUGAUCACCCUCGGCUUUGUUGUAUCACAAUUGGCGGUCGUGGUUCACAGCCCCAUAUUGCUUACCUUUGGGUACAGCUGUCUGUGUGGGAUGGGGUUUGGGGUUGCUAUCAUCGCGACGAUUUCAUCAGUUCAAAAAUGGUUUCCGGACCUCCGGGGCCUUGCCAGUGGCUUUUGCCUCUUGGGGUUUGGCCUUGGCAAUGGUGUGUGUAGUUUGGUGUACUCGCGACUAUUGCACCGCGAGACCAUCUACGACCCAACUUUUCAAAUCGACGGCGUGACCAACUUGUUUUGGAGUACUGGAACAGUGGUUGUUCUCAUGUUGAUCACUUGCACGUUGGUGAUUCGCACCCCGCCCAUAUCCUUCUCAAUGAAUGGCCAAGACAUUCAUUGUGUACCGGUGAACAUGGCUCCUGACCCGCGGGUGAUUCAAGACGAGUAUCUGAAAGUUGGUAAGCAUCGGAUGACGUUGGUCAACUACUCUGCUGUGCAUCACGAGCUAGAAGGCACCGACGGCCACUACUUUCAGCAAGUGAGAGCCAUGACGCUCCUCCAGUGCAUCCUCUCGACGGAUUUCAUAUUUCUUUACAUUGCGUUUGCUGCCAAUGUGAUUCCGCUCUUGGUAUUUGUGCCCCAAAUCGUCUCCUUGGCGGCUGGCAUGUGGCAUUUACCCCCCAGUGAAGUGAACAAGGUGCUUAUCCAAGCCUUUGUCGGCAACACGUUGGGUCGCUUCAUGGCCCCACUUAUCUCGGACGGGUUAGUCCGGCUGCUGUACGUGAACCCAGCUUUGAUGCGGAAACUGGUCUUUACUGCGCUGCUGACCAUCCAAAUCUGUGCUUUCGCCCUCGUGAUCUCCGAUUGGAGCAGCCCCAGACGAGUUCAGUGGUUGGCAAGUAUUGUUACAUUCGCAUCCGGCGGGGGUUUGGCCAUGAUGCCUUGCUUUAUCACCGACAUGUUUGGGGUGUACCACUUGGGCACGAUGUACGGGCUGAUUUUGACCAGCUAUUCCCUUGGGGGGGUCGUUGUCGGCUACGCCACGACUACUUCGUCCAUGCAAGUGACCUUAGAAACAUUGAGCCAGCAAAGCCAAGCGAUGCUGCAGCUGGUCUUGUGUGGUUUGUUGGUCAUGCUUUUCGUGCGCACCAACUCGACAGAUCGAUUCUAUCGCGGGUACCAGUACAGCGCCUGUGGGAAGGUGCUCCUUCAAGUGGCAUUUCGCAGACCCAUCAGUGAAACGUGUGUCGAGGACGACAGCGUUGUGAUCUUGGACGAGCCUACGCCUCCGCCGAUGCCUCGAACGUUUACACUGUGGAAUGAAGAUCUCGAUGGGGCCAAGUAUAACAUCUAA